AAACACUCAGAACUCAUCUGAACACACAUCAAGAUCUUCAGAAGAACUGAAUCUACUAACAACAGAGAAGAUCACUGAAGAAGAGAGAAGAAUGAAGAUCAUCUGGACUUUCACUCUGCUGAUGAUUCCUGGUGUGGUGAGCUCCAUCAGUGUGACGGGAUAUUCAGGAGGAGGAGUCAACAUCACAUGCAGAUAUGAUAGAAAAUAUACAGACAAUGCAAAGUAUUUUUGUAGAGGACAGUGGAAAACAGCAUGCUCUGACCUAAUCAAGACUGAUAAGAAAAAUGAGAACAAAUGGGUUGAUUCUGGAAAAUUCUCUCUGUUUGACGACACAAGAGCAGCAGUUUUCACUGUGACCUUCAGAAAUCUGAGUGAACAGGAUUCUGGGACGUACUGGUGUGCAGUUGAAAUGCCUCUCUCUGAAGAUCCUUACACUGAAGUGAAUCUGAAGGUUGUAACAGCUGAACAAAUCAGUGCUGUGACGGGAUAUUCAGCAGGAAACAUCAUUAUAAACUACAAAUAUGAGAUGAAUCAUGAGAACCAUGAGAAAUACUUCUGUGAAGCUGGAGCAUAUCAAUCUGAUUGUUGUGAGAAGAGCAUCAGUCUCUCAGCUGCUGCAGGAGGAUCUGUGAACAUCAGCUGCAGAUACCCACAAUCCCACAGUGCUGAUGUGAAGUUUGUCUGCAGGAGAUCUGGAUCUGAUCUCUGUGCUGAAGAGACGUCUGUGAAGGAGAGCAGAAGAUGGAGCGCUGAGGGACAGAUGCAGCUGUAUGAUGACAGAGAGCAGCAGCUCCUGACGGGAAUCAUCAGUCAUGUGACUCAACAACAUUCAGCUGAAUACUGGUGUGGAGUUCAGUCUGAUCAAGGACACAAGAGCUUCAUCACACGAGUCCUCAUCAGAGUUACAGGUUUACCAGCAGGUUAA